AUGACACAACAUCAACAAGCUUCUGCUCAAACCACUGUACCAACAACAGUACCUACAACACCUACAUCACCAGCUACAUCACCAACAACAUCACCACCAACGACAUCACCACCAACGACAUCACCUGUUACACCUGGAACAACAACACCGACAGCACCAGCCCCACCAAAUCCACCAUCAUUUACUACUUGUAUAUUUAAUAGUUGUAUUACAAUACCAUCGAAAGGUUCAGGAAUGACUAUACCACCUAUGACAAUGCCACCUAUACCAACUUUUCCACCAACAAUACCACCAAUUCCAACUUUUCCACCAACAAUACCACCAAUACCAACUUUUCCACCAACUGUACCUAUGACUUUACCAGCUUUGUCUUUACCCUUACCAGCAAUGUCUUUGCCACCAGUAUCCUUACCACCAAUGUCCUUACCACCAAUAUCCUUACCCUCAAUAUCUUUACCAUCAAUACCAUUAACUUUACCGUCAAUACCUAUGACUAUACCACCAAUAACAAUGCCACCAAUGACAAUACCUCCAAUGACAAUUCCUCCAAUAACUUUACCAACAAAAUCAGGAUAA